AUGGUGACGAUGCUCACGUCGUGCGUAGCGGCGUCGCCUAUCCGUGGGGAGAUCCGCCGGAUCCGUCGCGCGAGGACCGCGCCGCGUUCUGUCUCGGUCCGCGCUAGGAAAGAUGUCGAUACCCUCGUGAGGGCGAACCUCCCGUCGCGGUUCCGUUCCCGCGCGAUUCAGGGCCCGCUGAGGCGCGGACUCGUCCACCGAUCCCCCACGCGCAUCGCGUCCGAUGCGGCGAAGGACGACCCGGAGGUCGAGCUGUCCGACGGGGUCACGCUCGACCGCAAGGCUGAGCUGGCGUCCGUUGUCAAGUUCGCGGUGCCGCUCCUCGCCACCAACAUCGUCACCCCGCUGCUGACGAUGACGGACACCGCGUUCGUGGGUCGGUGCGCCGCGGACAGCGUCAUCCAGCUCGCCGCUCUCGGCGUCUCCACCCCGCUGACAGACUACACCGUCUCCCUCGCCGCGUUCAUCCCCGCGGGCCUCACCAACAUCAUCUCCAACGGAGUGGCGCGGGGCGAGGGUAAGGAGAGCCUCGCGUCCAAGACGUACGGCGCGCUCAUCGUAUCUCUGACGCUGUCGUCCAUCGUCGCGAUCGUCCUGAACGUGUGGCCCGAGCAGCUGCUCACGAUGCUGAAGACCCCGCCGGAGGUGAUGGCCGCCGCGAUUGAGUACACGCGGAUAAGGUCCAUCGCGAUGCCCGCGGCGUAUCUCACGGCUGCGGCGUACGCGGUGCUGGUGGCUCGCAAGGACACGACGAGCCCGCUGGCGUGCGUGUGCAUCGCCGCGGCGGUGAACGUGUUGCUGGAUUGGAUCGCUGUCGGGGUCAUGGGUAAGGGGGCGGCGGGUGCGGCGUGGGCGACGACCGCGGCGCUCUACGCGGGAGCCGUCGCCAUCCUCGGCGUGCUCAAGCGGAAGGGGUUCACGGACGCGUUCCCGUGGGGAGAGUUUCGUUGGAAGGAUCAGAUCGGACCCGUGAUGGCGUUCGCGGGACCGAUCACCUUCCUGGUGUUCGCGCUGCUGUCCAUAUACACCACGCUGAUCAUCAUGUCCAACGCGUUGGGCGUGACGGUGUCCGCGGCGCACAGAAUCGCGGGUAACAUCUUCGCCGUCGCGGUGCUCUGCGGCGACCCGCUCAUCCAAGCCGGGCAGGCGUUCAUGCCGCGGUACCUCCUGCCCGCGGUGCCCAAACGCGUCGCCGCGCGGAAGAUGGCGGGUUUGCUGCAGGGGGUCGGGCUGUUCACCGGGUUCAGCGCUUCCACCGCGUGCGCGUUCGUGUGCCUCUUCGGCGGCUGGGCGUUUACUCGAGACGCCGCCGUCGUGGCUCAGCUUCGCGCGGUGGUGGUGCCCGUGUGCGCGGCUGUGGUGACCAACAUCGUGAGUAAGAGCAUGUACGGGGUGACGGUGGCGGCCAAGCAGCUGGGGUUCCUGGCGGCCAUCACGGGCGUCGGGCUCGUCGGUUUCGCCGGGAGCCUGUGGUGGUUCAAGCACAACCUGGUCGGCUCGGAGCUGUACUACUGGAUGUGGUGGGUCGUGGCCGGGUACUACGGUUUGGCGAUUGCCGCGAUCCAGGUGAGGUCGUUCGGUGUGCCGGGGAUUGUCAAGGGAUCCUUCCACGACGAUCGAAAGGACACGCCCGCGCCCGCUACGGCGUGA